AUGGAACAGGCGCAACCUCCAGUGGCACCCAGCCUAAAGGACACUUGCCAGGCGGCGCGUUACGCUUUUGAAGCCUACAACGCGCCAGGGACCAGUCCUACUUAUGCCUCCGGAAGCACCGGCGUCGCCGAGGUGGUUUUCACGGACCAGGACUUCGUUAAACGCAACUUGAACACAGGCAACGGCGGCAUCUUGGUUGUCGAGCUGACUGACGCUCUGGCACUUAAGCCCUUCUGUGGCGUCAGUCUGUCAGUCGAGCUAUGCAUCCAACCCCGAAUCCUUCGAGCCGCUGCAGCUGCCACUGCUGCCAAGGGUGAGCAGCAGCAGGGCAGCAUUCGGGGAGCUGCAAUUCACGUCAGUCUACCGCUGAAGGGGCAGGACGAGAAACUUGAGCUUGGUGUACGGCCCUACUCAGGGAGGCAGCUACUGCUGCCAACGUUGCUGGCUCCUCCACCAGCACGAAUGCGGGCGGCAAUGAUCCAGCUGCUCCCCCGUGCGUGUUAUUCGUUCGGUGACUGGGCCCCCCCCCCCGCGCCCGCCGAAUGCCCCCGGAAAGCUAACCAAAUGAGUUUCACAUGGCUGCUGGCCCCGUUCUCCGACAACCCUUUCGCCGCGAAGAAUAUACUGCCCCGGGAACAACCAUUAGUGAAGCAUUACAUGGAUUCACUAGUUGUGCUGUCAAAUCAAUAUCUGAACCAGAAGGUCUUGCGCUACUGA